CUAUGGUGAUUACUUCCGGUACAGACCAGUUCUUCCGGUAUAAAGGCCGCCGCUGGAGUGAGAAAUUCCAGGGCGCAAUUUUUUGUUUCCUCGAUCGGCUGUGUAUCUGCAGCAUCCGCGGCGCAGCCAUGACGGUGGGAAAGAGCAGCAAGAUGCUGCAGCACAUCGACUAUAGGAUGCGCUGUAUCCUGCAAGAUGGCCGCAUCUUUAUUGGAACGUUUAAGGCCUUCGACAAACACAUGAACCUCAUCCUUUGUGACUGUGACGAAUUCAGAAAGAUCAAGCCCAAGAACUCCAAGCAGCCAGAGCGGGAGGAGAAGCGAGUGUUGGGACUUGUUCUACUGCGUGGGGAGAACCUGGUAUCCAUGACUGUUGAAGGUCCACCACCCAAAGAUACUGGCAUUGCAAGGGUCCCAUUGGCAGGAGCUGCAGGAGGACCUGGUGUGGGCAGGGCAGCUGGUAGAGGUGUUCCAGCUGGGACUCCUAUGCCUCAAGCACCUGCUGGCUUGGCUGGACCUGUACGUGGUGUGGGAGGACCUUCUCAGCAGGUGAUGACUCCUCAGAGCCGUGGAAAUGUUGCGGUGGCUGCAGCUGCUGCCACAGCCAGUAUUGCUGGGGCACCUACGCAAUACUCUGCAGGAGGCCGAGGUGGACCUCCACCCCCCAUGGGCAGGGGAGCACCCCCACCAGGUAUGAUGGGACCACCACCAGGCAUGAGGCCACCUAUGGGUCCACCAAUGGGUAUGCCUCCAGGUAGAGGAGGACCAAUGGGAAUGCCACCUCCUGGUAUGAGGCCACCUCCCCCUGGAAUGAGAGGUCCACCACCACCAGGCAUGAGGCCAGCAAGACCCUAAAGUGAUUCUGAGCUUUAUCUCUAUCCCACAUCUCCACUCAUCAUCCAACAGUUGUGGUUUGUUGUAAUGUACUUUGUAUUUAGUUUGUAAAGUUUUUAAUAAAUGGUUAAAACUGA